AUGUCUUCUCCACUUGAAAAUCUCGAAACUCAACUAGAAAUGUUUAUUGAAAAUGUUCGACAAAUUCGUAUAAUCGUAAGCGAUUUUCAACCACAGGGUCAAAGUGUACUUAAUCAAAAAAUUCAAUCAUUAGUUACUGGUCUGCAGGAAGUGGACAAAUUGAAGGCUCAAGUACAUGAUAUUCAUGUGCCCACUGAGGUAUUUGACUACAUUGACCAAGGCCGCAACCCUCAAUUGUACACAAAAGAUUGUAUAGAUAAAGCUUUGGCUAAAAACGAAGAAGUUAAGGGCAAGAUUGACUCAUACAAGAGAUUCAAAAGCCAUCUACUCUCCGAGUUGUCUAAAACCUUCCCUAAUGAGAUUGCCAAGUAUAAAGCUAUAAGGGGAGGUGAAUAA